AUGAAGACCUGGAUCAGCGUUGUUCUCCUCCUGUGCUGCCUACUGGCUGUCAGCACCCACGCCCAAGACAGCGACAGCGAGAUGAUGACGAGCAAGGGCGGCAAGCCCUCAGCUUCGGCUUCGGCCAUGCCCUCAGCUUCGGCUUCGGCCAUGCCCUCGGCCUCGGCUUCGGCCAUGCCGUCCGCUUCUGCUUCGGCCAUGCCAUCAGCCUCGGCCUCGGCAUCGCCUGCAAAGCCUUCCGCGUCGGCGUCUGCUUCUUCCAAGCCGAGCCAGUCAGCCUCGCCUUCGGCCUCCAGCAAACCUAGUCAGUCCGCCUCCCCAUCGGCAUCGACCAAGCCCAGCCAGUCGGCCUCUCCCUCGGCGUCGGCAUCCGCUUCGGGCAAGCCGAGCCGGUCGGCCUCGCCGUCGGCGUCGAGUAAACCCAGCCAGUCGGCCUCGCCGUCGGCGUCGGCGUCCGCUUCUUCCAAGCCGAGCCGGUCAGCCUCUCCGUCGGCCUCGGCAUCAGCUUCGACCAAGCCGAGCCAGUCCGCUUCCCCCUCGGCUUCCGUCAAGCCCACCGAGCCGCUCUGCUUCUCCGUCGGCCUCGGCCUCGGCCUCGGCUUCUGCGUCGCCGUCGGCUUCGCCCUCUGCUUCCGCUUCUGCAUCGCCUUCUGCCUCUCCUUCGGCUUCUCCUUCCGCCUCUGCUUCUCCUUCCGCUUCUGCUUCGGCGUCACCUUCUGCUUCGGCCUCGGCCUCGGCCUCGGCUUCUGCUUCGGCCUCGGCUUCGGCUUCGCCCUCUGCUUCCGCUUCGGCCUCCGCUUCGGCGUCGCCUCCGGUCGUCGGCUCGCCCCUCCCCUCGCCGCCGCCGCCGAGCCCCAUUCCCACUCGUCCAACGCCACGUCGCUCGAUAUGAUGAACGGCGACUUCGAGAACAAGCUUGCGGUGCGGGGCGGCCUGCGUCUGCGCAGCUUCGGCGUCAACCAGCGCGCCGUGUGCACGGCCGAGGAGUCGGCGGGCUUUGGCAUCGUCGCCCAGGGACCCGGCCCCAUCGACUUCGCCAACGGUCGCCUCUUCUGCGGAAACCUGCUCGCCUCGAAUGACUCGCAGAUCGUCAACCUGCCCUCGUUCGCCAACAACGCCGGACUUGUGGUCGGUAAUGUGACCGAGCGCAGCGGCAUCAACUUCACCCUCGACGCGGCCGAGCUCAGAAACGUGAGCUCCAACUUCUGCAACUCCUCGCAGACCAACGCGACCAGCGCCGAGGUGGCCGAGUUCGGCGCCAUCACCCUGAGGGCGACCGGUGCGGCCAACGAGUCGUUCAACGUGCAGGCCAGCGAUCUGGCCCGUUCCACGGGCAUGCGCCUGGUCGGGUUCGGCAGCAGCACGGAGGAGGUGGUGAUCAACAUCGUGGGCAACCAGACCGCCACCUUCUCCAACUUCUUUGUCGACGUGGGCUCGGUGCCGCUCACCUCCAUCAUCUGGAAUGUGUGCGAGGCCAACCUCGUCGUCAUCCAGGGCUUCCAGUUCCCCGGUAUCCUACUGGCGCCCAACUCUGAUGUGACGCUCCAGAACGGUCUGGUGCUGGGCCAGAUCGUCGCCGCGACCCUGCGCGGCUCCGGCGGUGGCCAGAUCAACGUCCCCUUCUGCCCUUGA